AAAAUCGCGUGACGUCAUUUAUCGACGGCCCCUAAGGUCGGGAGGGCACUGAUAAGGGCUUGGCAGCUACGUGACGUCAUCCGCGUAUUAUUUGUCCAUCGGGCACGCGGUCCAGCCGCCGCUGCGCGGGGCGGGGCCUUGAGCGCGUGACGUCACGGCGAGGGCGUGGCUCGCGCACGCCUAUAAUAACGCGGGAAAUGUGGUGGAAAAGUGUAGCAGGUAAAAAGUGUAGCGGGCUCACCUGCACCUUGCAAGUCGCCCGUGCGGGUAACACGUUUGUGCGUCGCAACUGCGUGCACAGAAUGCCCGUCGCCGCAUUUGAGCAGUGUAGCUGAUUUAUAGACUCUCAGGGCUUCCAACUUUAAUAAAAAAAAAAUCCUUGCGUGACACCUUCAUGUGAACACUUAGAACGCCCGUUCGCCGUGAGCGUGGAAUAUUUUCAUCGUUCGACUUCGGUGCGGAGGCCACACGCGCGAUGCUGCGGAACUGGACAGGGACCUUCAAGUUAUUAAUUUCCUUGACGUGUCUAGUAAUGAAGGCGCGUGUCGUCUCCUCCUCGUGCCCCUCCCCGUGCUCGUGCCCCGCGGCUGUCCCCGAGGCCCCGUGCCGCCCCGGGGUGCCCCUCGUGUGGGACGCGUGCGGCUGUUGCCGCGUGUGCGCGCAGCUCUUCAACGAGGACUGCGACUCGCAGAGGCCCUGCGACUCGCUCCGCGGGCUCACGUGCGACGCGGGGGGGCGGCCCCCCCCCCGCGCCGCGCCCGGCGUCGGCAGAGGUGGCGCGCGCGCGAGCUGUGUGUCUACCUGUGUGUGUACCCGUGUGUGUACGUCCACAGCGCUGCAGGAGGGCCGCUCGUGCGAGCUGGGAGGCCGCGUGUAUCAGCACGGGGAGUCGUUCUCCGUGAGCUGCACCCACCGCUGCUCGUGCGUGGACGGCGCCGCGGGGUGCGCCCCGCUGUGCCCGCGCCCGCGACCGCCGCUGCCGCCGCUCCUCGCCUGCCCGCGGCCCCUGCUGCGGCGCACACCAGGCACAAACGCCUGCUGCCUCGAGUGGGACUGUGGGCCGUCGUCUGCACACGGCCUGGAGAGUGGCGGAGGAGGAGCAGGAGGGAGUGAUGAGGUGGUGGCAGACACGGCAGGGGAUAUCCUAAAGGAGGGCUUCAAAGGAGUUAAAACAUUGGCAGCUUUCCGCGGCUCCGCCGCCUCCCGCCUUCUCCCUCCUCCUGCUCCGCCCGCGGCACGUGCCGAGCCGCUCGGCACGUGCCGGGGCGAGCCGUCGCCCGGCUGGUCUCCCUGCUCCGCGUCGUGCGGCCGGGGCCGCGCCACGCGCCUUGCGGGGGGGAUCGGGGAUGGGUGCCGCCCGGUCCGCCGCACAAGAGCCUGCCUUGUGAGGCCGUGCGCUCGCCCAUCGUCCCCGCGCCACAUUCGCCGUCACCGUGGCGAUGCCGGCGUCCCCAAGGACCACCACCGCAGCGACCGCCAUCGGCACCACCGCCGCCGCCGGCGC